UUGAAGCUGGCUUCGCCACGUCAACACGAUAUAACACUGGCUCCACAUAUCAUUAACCGUACAAACGAACAUCUCCAACCAUGCACUAUUCUGAUCAAUGACAUCCAAAAAUGUUCAAUGACUAAGAAACCUGUGCCACUUCCUCCAGUACGGUCAAGCUCUAGCCAGCUGACUUCUAGGGCAGAUAUUGAUCGGAGAAAAAGAUCAAAUUUGGCGCCUUCUGUUAUAACAGGCAGUCCAAACUGUUCCGAGCCCCGGAAUACUCCAUUGAUUAGGGUCAAUUCCGAUAUCGUUGAAACGUCUUCCAAUCACUUAUCACCGAACUAUAGUCGAAAUCCACGAGCACCAAAUAAGCACUUGAAAUCAAAUGGACUAGACAUGAAACCAAGAGACACCAUUGUUAGUUUCGCAGAAGACCCUGUUCCUCCGAGCCACUGUUGUUGCGGAACCAUACGCGUCGAAAGUGGUUGUAAAAUAGUGGCCAUUCUCUCCUUAAUAGGAAUGACAACAAAUGCUAUCCUCUACUUCUUCGGUUUGAGCCGAUUAGGAUUGAGCACAUAUUUGGAGUUAUUCAUUAUCGUUUUCGAUUUCAUAGCAGUUGUUUGCCUGUUUAUGGGUGUGUCAAACAAACGCUCCUCAAUGCUCAAACCUUACUUACUUUUCAUGGCUUUAUGGACCGUCGCUCUCAGUCUUCUAUUCUUAUCUUGUUUAUGGAAUGUUCUACGAAAUAGAGAAUUUCCCCGCAAUCUACUACACAACGUUUACAGCUUAAAAGGUGAUCCCGACCCUCACAGAAUGCGCCAUGUUCGUCACGGAGACGAUGGAGUGCACUUUGUUGUUACGACAGUUCUAAUGGUGGCAUUAGGGCUCGUAAUUUUCAUUGACGGCGUUUUUCUGCACGUUGUUUACCGUGGAUUCCAGUUUUUUGCUUACAAAGAAGAUAAAGAGCGCGAAGAGGAGGAGGGUAAGUCGCCGAGAGCGAAUGGAUCUAGCCCUAUAGCUACUUGA